AUGUCUUCCAAAACAACUCCAGCAAGCCGACCGGCGCCCCUCCGCUCCAUCGCGUCGAGCAAGGACUCUUCGAAUGACGGUGCAUCAUCCGCGCGGUCGACUUCUGUUGUCAACCCCGCCGGUGGUCCGCUUGCCUCCCCUGAUGCCUUGGAGACGACGGACAAUGACGAGCCAGGGAGGACGUCGAUAGAUAUGGGCGAGCUACCCAUUGAGCUCGUGAGCCUCACAGAUAGACCGAGAGAUCUUCAGCAACAGAUGCUCACCCCCGAGGAAUUAGCCGAGCGGAAGCGUGCGCGAAGGGCGCUCGAGGUGAAGCGAGGUAGACUCGAGGAGGCCGUGGAACGAAGGCUUUGCGAAGGCAUCUAUACCCGAAUUUACCGACACCGGAGCACCCAGGACGAGGCCCAGGACGAUAAACUACGCUCCAAAACAGCGGCCCUUGCCCUUGUGGGCAUCAACUUGACCGACUUGGGAAUCGAGCUCGGCGACUCGUCGGAUGACGGCGAGGGCGGCGACGAGGAUUCGAAAACGGAACAGAUGAAGGAAGCCCUAGAACCGGCCAGGCAGGAACUAAGCCUCAUGAAUGAGGCAAAGUACCCGCUAGGGAAACUUAACCACCUCAAGGCGGUCCACAAAGCCAUUGUAGACGUUUUGUCGCAGUACCAGCCCUCCGCGUCGGCCGACGAGAUCAUGCCCAUGAUCAUCUACACCCUCAUCACACUCCCGCCCGAGAAGCUCAACGUCAUCAGCGACGCUCACUUCAUCCAGAAUUUCCGGUGGGAACAAAAACUGAAUGGCGAGGCCGCUUACUGUCUGACGACCCUCGAGGCAGCUAUCGCCUUCCUGGAAACGGUUGAUUUGUCUACUCUGCGAGCCGACGAGCUCCCUUCAGGCCCCGCGAAGCUGGUCAGCCAGCCCGGCACGCCCAGGGCCGAAGCCACCCUCGCCGACGCGACAGGUGCGCCUGGCACAAAACCCCCGCCGUCGCCCGGCGGGCUCCGGGCCGCCGUGCAGAAGAACAGGAGGCUCAGCGACCUCGUCAACACCCCCGCCCUAGCCAUCAACGCCGCCAGCGACUCCAUCUUCACCACCGCGGACCAGGGCCUCAAGACCAUCUCCAGCUCCCUCGGCGACAGCUACAACUUCUUGCUCGGGAAGCUGCGCGAGCGGCAGCACAUUCCCGAGGCCGCCGGCCAGGACCUCGUUGUUGUGCCCAAGACGCUCGAUGACGCGCGAAAGCUCGUCAGCACCCCGCCCCGGGCGAGGACGACGGCUCCGUCAGCGGCGCCAGCUCCAUCCACGGCCCGGAAGAGAGCCGUUCCCCCGAGAGAGGACAAGGUGCUCAACCUCAUUGGCGGCAAGAAGCUGGCCCGGGAUCACAGCGCCGACAGCGUUGAGGGGAUCCCCGAGACCGAGGAGGAGGCAAAGGCGGCGCCGGCGUCGACCCAGCCGCUGCCCAGUCCCUCGGUGAACCCGGCGUUGGUGGAGUCCAUGCGGAACUUGGGUAGUUCGCUGAACCCCAUCGGGCGGCUUUCGAGCAUCGGCAUGAUUCGAGGCUUUGGUCGGCCCGCUCCUACCCCUCCUCCCAAGGAGACCGCAGCGCCUCCCAAGGUCCCGGCGAACGGCGGUGACCUCGCCACUGCUUUCCCGGAUCUUGCCGCGGCCCUGCCACCCAAAGAAACGCCCAAGAUUGCUCCUCCGAACAAGCGCUUCAUGGAGCUCCAGAGUCCCGGCGACCUCAAGCUCGGCGAAGUGCUCGACCUGCUGAGGGACUAUAGGAGAUUGGCAAACGCACUCAAGGAUCUCGAUGCCUUUGAAUCCAAAUAA